AUGAGUGUAGAAGGACUCGGCAGAGAUUUGCUGGGAGAAGUGAAGGUGGAGUGUUUGGAUGAGCUUCUGCGCGCAUUACGAGAGCUCGAUGCCAAUUCCGGUCCUUCCCUUGGGUUUCCACCCCUCGAUAGGCUCCUCGACGUCUUCCAGAACCCUCCUCCAACCCGGCAACAGCAACAUUACCAGACUCAAUGGUCUGUUCAGCAAGAAGGGCCAGCUCCUCCGCCGAAGGAGAAGCCACUACCCGUCAUAGAAAUCGCCGAUGCUGCGGCAUGCUCUGGGAAAACACAACUACUUUACCAAAUCAUCUUACUAUCUCUAUUACCAGUAGAGCAUAAAGAUGAGCCCAUCAAUGGAAAGGGCAAUGCUGUUGUCCUCCUUGAUCUGUCUGGGAGAUUUUCGGUUCUACGGCUUCACCAUCUCAUGCAUAAUCAUAUCUCCUCAAUAUGCUCUAGGUCUUCUUUGACAUUGCCCGAACAGGAGAUCUCGUCUCUGAUCUCGGACUCUUUCACCCAUCUCCACAUCUUCCAUCCCCAAUCAUCUUCCUCCCUCUUAUCUACUUUGGCUGCCUUGCCAUCAUUUCUCCUCUCCUCGCCUUCAACUCACUUCUCCGCCAAUCGUCCCCUUGGUCUCUUAGCCAUUAACGACCUCAGCGCCUUCCUCUGGCAAGACCGCUUAGACGCUGACGAGGGAACUGGGUUGCCGGCCUCCAACCACGCCGAAAAGGCAAACAACUCUCUAUUCCUUGAGCGUUACCACAACCUUAUCUCUUCGCUGCGUCAUGUCCAGCACCUCUUCUCCUGCCCCAUUGUGGCUACAAACUGGGGCCUAGCCCCUGUCAGUUCAGUAGCCGGACAUGCGGCUUUGCGUCCUCAUCUUCCGUCUUUGUGGAACAACUUCUGCACGACCAAGGUAGUUGUCGUGAAAGACAGAGUGUCGAAGUUUGGGCCUGACUUGAGUGCAGAGGAGGCUAAGAGGGAAGGAGCGCAAAGGUGGGAAGCGGUAGAAAAGAGUGGUUUCUCUGGUUGGAUCAACUGGUGGGGAAAUGAGGGGUGGAGGGAGGAGGUGAGGGAGGGUAUUAGGGAAUUGAAGGGUGGAGGUGGAUUCUCAUUUAGAGUCACUGAGGAUGGGAUUAUGGUGCAUGAUGAAGGUGACUGA